AUGGCUCCGCAAACCGAAGAAGACAAGUCGUCCGGACUAGUUUUGACGAUUUUGACAUGCUGUUUGGGUUUGAUAUGUGGGAAGCCUGAGGAUGAAACACCACACACGCCAGCGCAGGCAACUGAACAAACCACCGCCGAUACACACACCAUCACAUCCGCUCCGGAGCCUCAAAUAAACACACAAACACAUGCCCAUGAACAAGUGAGUAGUGAGAAUGUAGUCCCCACUGCAGACGAGCUGGGUGAUUUGUCGGCAGCCUGCAAUAGGCUAUGGGGAUUGGAUAUUAAUAGACUAUUGCCGGGCAGCGAAUACAAAAUCAACGUACAAGGGGGUAAAAAGGUAUGCACCGGUAUAUAGGUGGCGUUCGAUAUAAUCGUGUUAGUCUAUGCUACACUACUG